AGCAUGAGGAUAUAUACAUGUAUGAUAAUGUAUUAUGUUUUGUAGGAGGGCGGCGCCAUGUCGCCCUGUAUCGGUUAGUCGGCGCUGGCCCGCUGUAGGAGGAGCUGCAGAUAAUGGGCAGAGCUCAGCUGACUGAUGUUGGGGCAGGUCAUAGUCUGAGGAGCGAGGAAAGGAAAAGUAGUUUUAAAACUACAUUGUUAGAUUUAGAUACUUGUUUGUCUAAAAAAGUUGUUUAGAACAUUAACAUUAAUCGAAAACAAUGGGGAACCGGGUCGCCCGUGAAGACUACGAAUGGGUGUAUACGGACCAGCCGCAUGCCGACAGGAGAAAAGAGAUCUUGGUUUAAGGAGGGGUACCAUGAUAUAGAGCGAAUAACGUACCCAACUUUAGCUAAGCUAAACUGUUGCUACAGGACUGCUGUGAAGCUAACAAGCAGAGAGGACAAGAUGUUCCCAGAGCCAGCACAGCACAGCAGCUCUAGAUAGCGAUGCUCACAGGAAGAGAGGGACGAGAACCAGGCCAAAUACCCCGAAAUCAAGUCGUUGAUGGGUCCUGACCAGAGGCUGAAAUGGAUUGUGUGCAUGAUGGUGGUAAUACAGUUUUUAGCUUUCUACCUGGUUAAAGACUUGGACUGGAAAUGGGUUUUGUUUUGGACUUAUGCCUUUGGCAGCUGUAUCAACCACUCAAUGACCCUUGCUAUUCACGAGAUCUCCCACAACACGGCCUUUGGAAACAACAAGGCCAUGUGGAACCGCUACUUUGCCAUGUUUGCCAACCUACCGAUCGGCCUGCCCUACUCUGCCUCCUUCAAACGCUAUCACCUGGACCAUCACCGCUACCUGGGCGGAGACGGUGUAGAUGUAGACAUCCCCACUGAGUUCGAAGGCUGGUUCUUCUGUACACGCUUCCGGAAGUUCAUCUGGAUUAUUCUGCAGCCGCUGUUCUAUGCCAUCCGGCCUCUCUGCAUCAACCCCAAACCCAUCACUCAGCUGGAGUUGGCCAACGUGGCUGUCCAGCUCACCUUUGACAUCCUGCUCUACUGGCUGUGGGGGGCCAAGCCUGUGGUCUACAUGCUUGCUGGCUCCAUGCUGGGGAUGGGCUUGCACCCCAUCUCUGGUCACUUCAUAGCUGAGCACUACAUGUUCCUCAAGGGCCAUGAGACCUACUCCUACUACGGCUCCCUCAACCUGCUCACCUUCAACGUGGGCUACCACAACGAGCACCACGACUUUCCCAGCAUCCCAGGAUGCAGGCUGCCCAUGGUGAAGAAAAUAGCAGCAGAGUAUUAUGAUGACCUGCCUCAGUACACAUCGUGGGUGAAAGUCCUGUACGACUUCAUCAUGGAUGACACACUCAGCCCGUACUCUCGAGUCAAGAGGAAGCUGAAGGGGGAAGUCAAACAGGAGUAACUUCCCCAAAAGCUGCUCUGGAACAAAGCUGCAGUGUCCGCUAUGACAGCAGCACGGCCCACCAUCCUAUAAACCUAACUGCUUCUGCAUACUAAUAUAUAUAGCAUGUAAAGUAAGGGUGGAGGUUG